CGCAGUAAGUGCCCGGCACCGCCCCGCUGCGCCCGGCCAUGGCGCCCAUGGGGAUCCGCCUCUCCCCGCUCGGCAUGGCCGUGUUCUGCCUGCUGGGGCUGGGUGUCCUCUACCAUCUCUACUCCGGAUUCCUGGCCGGCCGCUUCGCCUUCUUCAUGCUGAGCGAGCCGGCGGCGGGCGGACCCGAGGGAUCCCGCGGUUCGACGGCCAACGUGGACCUGCGGGAGCUGCUGGCCGUGUCUGUGCUGGCGGCCGUGCGGGGCGGCGUGGAGGUGCGGCGGGUCCGCGAUGGCAACGUGCUCAACGAAAAGGCCAAGGGGAAGACGCGGGAGGGGGCCGAGGAGAAGCUGACGAGCGGCGAUCUGCUGUCCAACCGCCGCAUGUUCCACCUGCUGAGGGCCGCCUUUCCCGCCGUGCAGAUAAACUCUGAGGAACGUGUUGAUACAACUGAUCAGGAGACAGUCUCUUGGGAUCGCAAUAUUCCUGAAGAUAUAAAAGAAAAAAUACAGCCUAAAGAGGUUCCAGCAGAAAGUGUUACUGUCUGGAUUGAUCCAUUAGAUGCUACACAAGAGUACACAGAGGAUCUUCGGCAGUAUGUCACAACAAUGGUUUGUGUGGCUGUAAAUGGGAAACCAGUAAUAGGAGUGAUACAUAAGCCAUUCUCGGCAUAUACAGCCUGGGCAAUGGUGGAUGGUGGGUCAAAUGUAAAAGCUCGUUCCUUCUACAAUGACAAGACUCCAAGGAUUAUUGUAUCCCGCUCCCACGCAGGAAAAGUGGAGCAAGUUGCACGGCAGACUUUUGGAAAUAAGACUGUGAUAAUCCCCGCUGGAGGAGCAGGUUACAAAGUGCUGGCUCUCCUUGACGUGGCUGAAAAGAAUCAAGAAGAAGCUGAUGUGUAUAUCCAUGUCACCUAUAUUAAGAAGUGGGACAUAUGUGCUGGAAAUGCAGUGUUGAGAGCAUUGGGUGGCCACAUGACUACUCUGACGGGUGAAGAAAUUAGUUACACUGGCUCAGAUGGCAAUGAGGGAGGACUCAUAGCCAGUAUCAACAUGGACCAUAAAGCACUAAUUGAAAAACUUCCAGAUCUGGAAAAAACAUCACACAAAUAAAUGUGGUUGAUGGAGAAAUACAAGUCAUGCUUUUGUAGCCUCCAGAUGCUCUGUCUAGAGAAGCAGGUUUGAAAACUUGCUGGGAAAGAUGAACAGCAAAGCAGUUUGGUGAGGAUGUGGGGACUGUAUCAUGCAUUGGGUUAUCUCAGUGAUGGUAUUUAAAAAAAAAAAUCAACAAUAAUAAUAAUAAGCAGAAGUAGGAAGAGGACUGACUGCCUCACACCUCAGUUUCCGUGUCUUUUUUUUCUUUUGGACCAUUUUCAUGCAGUUCUUACAUUCAAGGAGCAUAUACGUUUCAUAGUUGUGAACAUAGGAGAAUUAAAGAGAAAUCCAAAUUGAUUCAUAAAAUAACUUAAGUAGUUCUCACAGGAAUUGCUUGGAAACUUUUACAUCAUGUUACUGUAGUUUUAGAGACUCCUUAAUGAAUUAAGUAGAAACAAAGAUUGAUUUAUGUAGGUGUUUGAUAACUGUAAACAAUCUAAUAGGAAAGAUGACCCUGUGUUCUCUAUCCCCUGAACAGAAAGCACAAGAAGAUUGACACAAAUUUAUAUGCUGCAACAGUCUAUCUUUUGAUAGAGGGCACUCUUUCUGCUUUUGAAGAGGAAAAUAAAAAAAAAAAAAAAACAAAAAACGUUCUGUACUAUUUUCACUUUCUCCUGAAGAUUUAGACCAGUUUAAUUCAUAUGAGUUGUGAAUGUCAGUGUUUUAUUUAUUAGUGAAAUUAUUUCCAUAUACCUUUUUAGAAGAAAGCAAUGCUUCCUUGUAUAGUUUUUAACUGUUAAUUCUUGUCCUUGAUGACUUCUCUGUACAGUGUUGAAGAUGCAUGCUAGGUUUUCCUCUGAUGUAGGUCUUGUUCAUCACUUGGUGUUUGUACUUACAGAAGCAUCCUCUUCAGUACCUCUUCAUUGUUUGUUUGUUUGUUUGUUUUUUUCUAUCUUUCAGUAGAGCCACACUCAUAUGGAAUGGCUGAUUGGUUGAUUCCCUUUACAACAUGAGCUAAAAGUAGCAUUUUUUUUUUUUUUUCUAGAACCUCCCAAAGUGACUUUCUGUCUUCUUAGAUUAAGGGACAUUCUUUUCUGCUGUAAGUUCUUGAGCCAUCCCAAAUUACUUAUGGUUACUUAAUUUAUACAUACGUAGACUGUUUUCUGUUAACUUGAGUCUAUUCAAGCAAGCUUGAAGAACAAAUGGCACUUGAAGUCCACAAAACCUUACUGAAAAAUGCUCUUUGUGAGUCCAACUUGCAUGUAGAAUGUGGGCCCUUUGAUACUAAGUGCUGAAUUUUAGAGUAUCUCUAAAAUAGGUAGGGUUCUGUCUACAUUGGUUUUGUUGUUCUGUGCACCCCUCUGAAGGAUUUCAGAAAGUUAAAACAAACCUGUUAUAAUUAUCAGUAGGUUCCUGUUUCUUCUCACAAAAACUAAAAUAAUUAAUACAAAUACAAAUACUUAAUUAAAAAAUAAAAAAGGUGUUUCAGUUUGGCUUUCUAAA